AUGCGCAGCCACUUGCGCCUGUUUUUUCUCCUGCUUCUCGCCGUCGUCCACGUCUCGAGCGUUGGCCUCGAAGUGACCAACGCGCCUUCGCCGACGGUCGUCAACGUCUCGGACUCGGUCUUGCUUUUGCUCAAAUAUGGCGUGCGCGCCGUCGGUCUCAAGACCGUCUCGGGUGGUAGCCCUUCGUUGACGCCAACGCCGACGACGUCGCCGCCCCCGAUCGUCGUCUCCAACACGGCCAGCAGUCUUCUCGCGUCCUCGGGGAUUGCAGCGAUCGCGGUUCUUCCGUCGCUCGCCGCCGGCGCCAGCAUCGGCCUCGGUAUCGCAAUGGUGUUUUACGGCUACAAGCUCUUCCGACCGACGCUCUUUAUGAGCGGAUUCGCGUUCGGUGGCAUGGUGGCCUACAUGACCGCCGAGCGUGUCGUGAGUGUCGACGAGGCGUACUACACGGCCGUGUGCUGGAUCUGCUUUGCUGUCUUCGGGCUCGUUUGCGGCUUUCUCAGUAUCUACGUCCUCGGGCUCGGCGUCUUCUUCAGUGGUGCGAUCGCCGGCCUCGUCCUCGCGUUCCUUAUGGCCACGUCGUUUGGCUACAAGUGGUGGCCCGCGUACCCCGAAGGUAUCCUCUUCAUCUUUGGCGCGGUGCUGAGCCUCCUCUUUGGCGCGCUCGCCUACUCGAUGGAGAAGCCGAUUCUGGUCGUCUCGAUGGCGCUCACCGGCGCCGGUGCCACCGUGUGGGGCGUUGGGUACUUUGUCGGCGGCUAUGCCAACGCGGACGACCUCCACGUGUACCGACGCGUCGACAACGCCGGCGCCUAUCAGUAUGCGAUUCCGACGAGCUACUGGGCGUACUUUGCCGCCACGUUCGUGCUUUUCGUCCUCGGAACGUACGUGCAGUUUAUGAACACAGCGUGCUGCGAGAACAACGACCUGUACACGUGGAACGAGCACGCGGAUUUGGAGCUGCAAGAGCGCCGCGUGUACCGCGAGCGCGUCGGGUACCCUCGCUACCGCAAUGGCGGCGACUGGGGCGGUGGCGUCCGCACCCGCGACAACUACUACCACGCGCAUGGCCACCGGUAA